UUGAGGUAGUGCAGACCCCGCAGUGAGAACCAAGGCUGUUGUGCCCUGGAAUUGGGAAACAUGUAUCCCUACUAGAAGUGGGAUCCGGCUGUCAUUACUUCCCCCACAGCCCCUCCGCUGCCUCUUCUAUUUAUCAACACAUUGACGUCUAUUUAGCAAAUGGGAGUAGAGGUCUGGCUCUUUCAGACCAGGUUACGCAAGCGCCCCAGCGCUUUUGAGCCACUUGUUGCAAUUGGAGGGCGAUAUUUAAUGGUUGGCAGUGAUAUACCUAUGUAUGUGUGCGGAUCUAUAUAUGUUUCUAUGUAUGUUGCAUGCUGUGAAAAGGAAGCAGCGAGUCCCCAGAGGGACUGGAUCGGGAAUAUCGAAAUCAGAAAAGAAAAUCUGGACUGUCCAAAGGGAAUUCUCCAUGUGGAUAACGAGAAAGGAAAGUAAAACAGCAAGAAAACAGCAACACCAAAAUAGAUCAUGGUUGACAACGCGAGUAUAGUGGCUAAAGCAACGCUGCACCAAGGUUUAACAACCUCUAAUGGACUCGGCCUGAUCUCCUCUGGAAGUGCACACUACCAGGCUCCCCACGGCAUGAAGCUGGAAGCGGUGAUGGAAAACCUGCAGAGGCAGCAGCAGGCCAGGCUGGAGCUGGAGGAGAGGCAGAGGAAGGAGAGGGAGAGGGAUGUGAGCCGAGCAGGAGCUGACAGCCAGCAGCAGCAGCAGCAGCAAGCCGUGAGCGCCGCUGUGCACCAGCACCUGGCAGCAGCCCAGCAAGCAGCCGCCCUGGCAGCGGUCCGAGCCGCCGCUCUCGCCGGCUUAGGGGACGCCGGCCCCGGAUCGAGCGGGGCCCAUCGGCCGCUAGUGACAGCGCAGCGCCGCCGCGUCCCAUCCGCCCUCUCCGAGUCCGAGGAAGACGAGCCCGAGCCCGGGGAAGAGGAGGAGGAGGAGGAAGAGGAGGAGGAAGAGCUGGGAGAGGAGGGAGACGAAGAGGAGGAGGAGGAGGAGGAGGAGGAGGAAGGGAUGGAUGGGAGUCAGAUCCAUCGCGUUUCCGGGGUGCCAACCCCCGGGCACACUCUCAAAGGGACCCCUGUCCAGCUGUCCAGAUUCGGGCAGCAUCACUACCACCUUCCCGGCCAAUCUCACUCCCCAGUCGGUAUCCCUCAGCCGCCGCAGUCCCAGCAGCAGCAGCAGCAGCAGGAAUGGACCUACGAGGAACAGUUCAAGCAGCUGUAUGAGCUGGAUGAUGAUCCGAAGAGAAAAGAAUUUCUGGAUGAUCUAUUCAGUUUUAUGCAAAAAAGGGGGACUCCAGUGAAUCGGAUUCCCAUCAUGGCCAAGCAGGUGUUAGAUCUGUACAGUCUGUACAAGCUGGUCACUGAAAAAGGUGGCUUAGUGGAAGUCAUCAAUAAGAAGAUCUGGCGCGAAAUCACCAAAGGCCUCAACCUCCCUACCUCUAUCACUAGUGCUGCUUUCACCUUGAGAACCCAAUACAUGAAGUACUUAUAUCCAUAUGAAUGUGAAAAGCGAGGGCUGAGCUCACCUGGAGAGUUGCAGGCAGCUAUUGAUAGCAACAGACGAGAGGGCCGAAGGCAGAGUUAUGGAUCUACAUUGUUUAGCUAUUCCCCUGUGGGGACGCCAACUAUCUUAUCUUCUCCUAAGAUACAGAUGCCAACUAUAGCUAUAUCCACACAUAAUGGCAGCCAUAUUAGCCAUGGAUUUUCUAUAAAGAAAGAAGAAUCGAUGCCCUCGACAGCCGGACACAAUCGAAUAGCAAUCCCACUCAGUAUCGCUGGUCAUCAUGUGACCACAGCUCAGGCUGUUGCAGCCCAGGCAGCCACUGCACAGGUAGCAGCAGCUCAGGCCGCUGCCCUGGACCAGCUGCGUGAGAAGCUGGAUUCCGGGGAGCCUCCAGAGAAAAAGGUCUCAGUUGUGGCAGAAGAGCAGCAACGACUUAUGCAACAAGCACUGCAGCAGAACCUGUUGGCCAUGGCAACACAGAUCCCUAUGAAUAUUAAAAUCAAUAGUAGAGCAGAUGACAGACAAGAAACUGCAUUGAACCUGUCUACAAAUGGCAUUAGCAGCAUCAACAUGUCAAUAGAAAUAAAUGGAGUUGUCUACACAGGGGUUCUCUUCGCACGAAGGCCAGUCAUUCCUGCAAUGUCUGGCAGCAAUGGGAACAGCAGCAGCUCUCAGGGCAUGCCUAGUCCGGCAUUAGCAGCACAAGCCCAGCCUUCCUCUUCCUCAUCUCACAUUCACACUCCGACCAGUUCUGCACCUUGAAGCCUCAACAAUAUGCAGGAGAUCACACAAGACAGUCCCGGAAGACUCUGGUGUUUUUUUUGAGAGUGUAUUUUUUUUUUGCAAGGAAAGUUUGCAAUGAGAAUAUUAAUAACUUUGCAGGUGAAGUGAUGGGGAAAAUAAACUCAAUCAUGCAUGAGGGUCACAUUUACUAUAUUGUACAGUUAAUCACUGUUGGACUGGAAUCCACUCAAAUUUUGUGAAAAAGAAAACAAAAUCAGAGAUUUUAACUUUGCGUAAAUCUGUUGCUUUCUGUAAGUGGGUUGACACUUAUAUUUCUAAAUGGACAUCCACACAACCACAGACUCUUCAAUGAAGAUGGUGAUGAGGUUCAGGAUGACCAUUCUGAUUGGACGCACUUGUCUAUUUUAUUGUGUACUGCAGAAACGUUCAGUUUUUGGAAGAUUUAUUAGAUGUGGCCAAAAAGAAGGGGAGGAAAAGGAAAAAAAGAAUAGCGAUUGAUCAUAUUUGCAUCUUAAUAAUGUUUCAUGAUCUAGGGGGAUUGAUUAUUUUAUUUCGAUAAUCAGUUGUUUUCAGGAAAAAAAACAUAUACUGUAACUCAGCUUUUACCAAAGAGAGGAAUAAUUUAUCAGGAUAUAUGGCGUCAAUCACAGGGCUGAAUUCAACAAUCAUAUUAAUAUAAAGUAAAUAUAAAAGAAAAAUGAAAAUAGUACAAUAUUGAAGCAAGGGAACAGUUUUUAAAUGGGCUGAUUAAUACUUGUAUGUUUAUGGAGUUUGGUGUGAAUGACACUGAAAUACUGAAGGAAGUUUAAUCUUCAUAAGACUAUAGAGAGAGAAAACAGCUUAAGGAUUGUUCAUACGGUACUGGAUCUCGAAAGGAAAUUGCCAUAUCAGGCAAGAAUCUUGGGAAUACAUCUGGGGCCUGACCUUUUACAAAGCUACAACUGUGUUACAGGGAUCAAUUCUGUCUUAUCAUCCAUGUCCUGUUGUUCACAAUGAUGGCUGCACGUCUGUCCCUGUGCAGCAAUAAUAUGGAGAUUUAUGAUUAAGUGCACAAAGAGAAAGAAAAAGAAAGCAGUGGGGCAGUUUUAUCAAUUAAGUGGCUUUAUUGAAUAGGGCCAGAUGAUCAUGUUGACAGUGAUGCACUGACCCAGGCUGUUGAAUGGAAUCAAGGGGGAGGUGGAGGUGUGUCUGUUCAAAUUAAUGCUGUCAGAAUCCAACAGCUCAUUGCAAAGGCUUGUCAAGUCUAUAGAAUUUAGUCUGAAAGAAGUAUCUUGCUGGUAUAUUGAUUACUUUUUCUUGACUUCUGAUAAACUCAAAUGGCAACCUCUGCCUCUACCCCUGUCCAUUUGCUCUUCACAGAUGCAGCCGAAUACCUCGUGAAUCUUCUAAUUAACAUUUAAUAAGAAAAAAAGAGAGAUGCUCAUAAUAUACCUCAUAGAAGUCAUUUUAUUUAAUUUGUAUUUUUAUUGUAAAGCCACUUGUGAAGCAUUUAUUUUCACCAAUCACUGUUUUUUUUUAAAUUUUGUAAUGUUGUACCAAAGAAGGGAAUAUUCUAUUGUACACCUACCUCAUUAUUCUGAAUAGCAGAUUGUCAACUCCCAGUCGCAUCAUUAGGAUCUUUGCAGGGUGUUAGGAAGGGAACAAGUUGCCAUUAGCUGGAAUUCUAGCUGACUGUGAACCAAGUUUAAUGGUGGCUUUUUUUGCUGUGUACCAAAGAUCAAACAAUACAUUUCACACUUUGUUGAACAGUAGCACAUUGCUGGUAAAUAUUUCUUGUGUCCAUUAUGUGUUGUUCACUUUGUUUAGGCUUUUUUGCAAUGCUACGCAGUAGGACUUUAGAUUCUAAAAUGGCUUACUAGCUGUGUAUGAAACUUUAUUUUUGUUUUCUUCUUGACUAAUCCAGUGCAUUAAGUGAAAGCUGGAUUGUGGUGCUCAGGGGUAUCAAUCGAAAAAAAAAAGACUUUCUUUGCCAUUUGACUUCUCGUACAUUUAGAAAAUGCUGCUUCUUUGGAGAAUUCCUCUCUCCAAUUUGAUGCCCAUGGAAUAUGCAUAAUUGGAAUGUAUACUUGACUAAAACAAUCAACCAAACAGCUUCUUAAAGUGUUUCACUCACUCUGGAUUUUUACCAGUAAUGUGUGUGAUUGCUAAUCAUUUAUUGUCAACAGCAGCACAAUUUUUCUUACUAAAUGAAAUUUUUCUAUUCACCCAUAGGAACAAUAUUAUUAGUCAAUUAAAAUUAGGAUUGUUUUACUAUUAGAAAAAUAAAUAACAAUUGGUCAAGUCUACUGAAUUACCCACAUUUCCUUACCCCCACCCCAAUUUUCUGAAUGAAUUUCCAUAUGCGUCUGUAGUAUCCUUAUUCAGUAAUAAAACUGUUUUCAGUAAAUCCUGAAACCAUCUUCUGGAUUAGAAUUUUAGAAAGGAAAGAGAUGCUAUAUCAACAAAUACACUGUCAAGAGUAUGUUUGUGUUAAAAUGGUGUUUUGCUUUGGCAUUGGAGUUAUUCUUUGUAAACCGGUCAGAAAUUAAACUGUAAAUUG